UCCCGGAAUAAGGAGAAAGCUCAGGCUUCUCUUAACAGGUUUCACGAUCAGAAAGCUAAGGAGGCUGGUGUGCUUGAGUCCAAUCCUAAUCUCAGACCCAAAUAUGUCCAAUCAGUGGACUCACUUCCCCAAGCAGAGAAGUGGAGAUCAACAAUAAUAAGUGAAAUUUCCACUAGACUCACGUGGAUCCAAGAUCCUGAUGCAACAGAUGCAGAGCUUAGGGAAUUGAAUGACACGAUAAACAAACUUUUUAAUGAGAAAAGAGCCUGGGAAUACCACAUCAAGUCAUUGGGAGGAAAUGACUAUUUGAAUUUUGGCAAAAAUUUGAGUAGCACGGGACUUUUGACCAACGUGGAUUUGAGUGGUGCUACUUCAAGGGGAUAUAGAUACUUUGGUAGAGCAAAGGAGCUUCCAGAUGUCAAGAAAUUAUUAGAGACCAAA